AUGGGCGCAUUCUUCUCGGGGCCGUCGUACAAGUACAAAGUCGACGUGGACGGCAACGGCAAACUCGUGCUGGCGCGGGGCCACAUCAAACUGCUAAAAAAAUACGCGCCCAAUUUCACAGCCACGCGCGCGCCGACGCCCAAGGACGAAGAGCUCAUGACGCGGUCGUGGGAAGUCGUCAUUGGCGCCAAGUUGCGCGCCGAACUCGAGCGGCGCAAGUUCCAAGUCAACACGGACCCGGACGCACCGCCCGAGUCGUCGGCCGUCGUCCAGUUUUACGAUGUCUUUUUCACAAAUUUGUACACGAUCGACCCGGCGACGCGGCCCGUGUUUCGGAACUCGAUGCACGUGCAAAGCAAGGCGCUGGUCAACAUUGUCGGUGCAAUCCGCCACAUUUUACACUCGGCCGAUGCCACCAAUAACAUUGCGGCCCUGGCGUUGCGCCACAUUCAGUAUGGCGUCAAGCUCGAGUUCUUCGACAGCCUCGGUCUCGCCAUGAUUGAGACGCUGCGGUCGCUCGGCGGCAGUUUCUGGAGCGACGACGUCGGUGACGCGUGGCGCACGGUCAUCGCGUACAUCAUUUGCCUGCUCGUCCCGCCGUACAUGGAAGGCGCCCGCAGCAAAGAGCACAAGCACUUGACAAUGGCCACGUCGCGGUCCCGUGGCAGCGCCUCCCGCGUUGCAGUGGGCGACGCGCAUCCAUCAUUUAUGGCGUCGAUAGCACGCCCCUCGACGACCGAAAUCGUAGGUUAG